AUGCCCAAGAAUAUAGAGGCGAGGGUGCAUGUGUCGGUUGUUCCGGAAGCUACCAUCGAGGCCCUGAAGGCCCAGGUUACCAAGCUUCAAGGCGAGAAAGAGCAGCUUCUCAAGGAGCACAACGAGGCACUGGACGCUCAGAAGACCGCCUUGGGGGAGCUGAAGGAACAGGCUAUGCAAGCCGCGCUCCGGCAUGAGCAAGCCUUGAAGGACGCCCGGGUUGCAGCUGAGGCCAGGUUGGCGGAGGUCGUGGAGGACUCCACGAACUCCAACACCGUAUUGACGGCAGAGCUGGAGGAGGAGAGGAAAUCGCGGAAAGCAGCGGAGCGCCUCAUUGAUACCAUGACCACUGAUCACCGGGAAUACGAUCGGUUGGUUAUGAAGAUUGACGCGCUGGCUCUCCAGCAUUUCCCGGAAUCCCAGGUCUAUGCCUUGAAGAAGGUGAGGGAGGAUCGGAUUGCGCGGGAAUUUCCCAAUCUGGACGCGCACUGGGAUGGGUACGACUAUCUUGUCGCCCUCUCCGCGCGAGUCCAACAUAUGCGCUCCGUCGACCGGCUUCUUGCCGACCUGCCAGCCGCCGCCAUCCAAGUCUUCAAGGUACUGUGGCCUGAGGAGGAGCUGCCAGGAAAUAUCACGCUUACCGCCGCGCGGCUCAAUGACGCCGGGCACCGGAUUCAUGCUCCCACGGACACGGAUCCGGCGCUCGCCGCGAAGCGGCGGGACCGGGCAUACCGGCUUGCUGAGUAUGCCGAGACUGAGAAGCUCAAGCUUGGGUCACCUGAGACCCCCGACGAGGUACCGUCCAGGAAGCGAAGGGCGGCUAACGUCGGGCACUUCCAGCCGGACGUGGGGCCGGACCCAUUCCUGCGCAUCAUUGUCAAGCCAAACUUCGACCGGCUACGAAUCCCUCAUGAUUUCGUCAGGUGGUUCGGAGAAAUCCCUUCGAACAUCAUCAUCACCACCAACACAGGCUGCUACUGGAGGAUGACUACGGUGAUGGAAGGCGAUGACGCAUACAUCGACCAAGGGUGGGCGGCCUUCGCCGUCGCUCGUCAGCUGUAG